UAACAGUCAGAAAACAACGAAGAAGGAGGAGGGGGAGGAGGCGGAAGAAGAAACUAGAAGAAAGUAGGAAAAUGAGCAGGAGAAGAAGAAGUGGCUAAAAAAUCAACACGGGCACUUGGCUGUCUGUUCACAAACAAGGUUACAAAAUUAUCUGAGAGACAACGGCGUGGUACACAAUGUGAGGUGUGUAAAAAAGCCUUUUGACACCUUGAAGUCGCUGCUGAUAUGGUUGACAUGAGAUUGACCCUCAGAAGUCCCCAGUCUCACUUUUUUUGAGAAUGUGGGGAAAAUGUUGCCACAGCUUAAGGGUCUAGGAUAUCAUCAGCCCUGAGAUUCCGAUUUCAUAGCGCUUCAAUCAAACAGCUGUAAGGAACAUGGAGAGAGAAGCAGCUGAGAAGGAGAUGGAUGGUGUUACGGAUAAUGACGAGGAGACCCCUGAUGGUGAUUACACCUCAGGCACCAGUUCUGGUCAGUGUGCAACCAGACAGUCUGAUGAUGAUUGCGAGCAGGUGGAGAAAAUGGCCUAUCUCGAAUCUCAGGGCACCCCAAAUCCAGCCACUCCACAAGACUCUGGAAUUGGUGAGGCGGAGUAUUUUGGAUCUACAGAGGCCAAAGAGGAUGCUGAGGAGACUUCAGAUUUGUUCGAGCAUGACAGCACGGCAGAUCACGAGAACUUGCACGUUAUAAAUCAAGAAGAGGAUGAAGCUGCCAAGGAGCAGUUUAUGAAUGGUGAGUCUGGCUGGAGAAAUGAUGGAGCUGGAAGGAAAUGCAAGCUGAGGAGCAGUGGAUCGGUUUCGGAGCAAAGCAGUCAAAGUGUUUUUUCCUCCAUGCAAAAAGGCAAUGUUGCAUCAAGUGGUGGUCGACACAAGCAGACCCGCAGAAGAAACCACCACCACCACCAUCAGCAGAAUCGAGGACGCAGGAGGACAGGCAAGCAGCUCAUCUUGGCUUUCAAGGAGAUUUUGUCGGAGUCUCUGAGCUUCUGGUGCAUAUCUUGUGUCCACAUGAUGAUUGAGAUUAUUGUCACGUUAACUCACAAUUGUGGAGUCGGUGUGGAGACCGGAGGGGUGAAACUUUACAAGUUUGGGCAACAGCUCCUUAUGAAGAUCACAGAUAUAGCAGGAAUGAAGGCAGAUGCUCAUCGAAUUCUGAAAAGGACAAAAUGCUCAGUAAUGGACCUGGUGGAUAAAAUUGUUAGGUCAGUGAAGUGGGGAAAAACCGCUGCCUUAUCUUCUUUGAGACUUGUCUGUGCUUUGGUUAUUCUCGGAUCCCAGUGGGGAAAGGGUGUAUUGGUCCGCCUUGGUGGAGAGAGAGGAAAACGCUAUUGGACAGCUUUUCAGGAGUCAAGGUUUUGGAAGAACGUGUCGUCACUGUUUGAGAGAGUCCGAAGCAGGUUCAGGAGGGAUAGCCAUGCAGUGCCGUCCAGCCCUGAGUCACCCGGCAGAGCAGGGAGAGGCCAGCCAGGCCAGGAGCUAGAGAGACUGCUGGCCUUGGCUGAGGUGCCAGAGGACGAACUCGACCCCUUCACAGUGCUCGGCGUGGAGGUGCAUGCCACUGAGGCUGAGCUGAAGAAGGCCUACAGACAGCUGGCUGUCCAGGUCCAUCCAGACAAGAAUAAACACCCACGAGCUGGAGAGGCGUUCAAAGUACUGAGGGCUGCCUGGGAUAUUGUCAGUAACCCAGAGACACGACGAGAGUAUGAGUUGAAGCGUAUGGCAGCAACUGAGCUCUCGAAGUCCAUGAACGAAUUUCUCACUAAACUGCAGGAUGACCUGAAGGAAGCCAUGAACACCAUGAUGUGUACCAAGUGCGAAGGCAAACACAAGCGGUUCGAGAUGGAUCGCGAACCUGCUGAGGCCCGGUUCUGCGCUGAGUGCAACCGCUGCCACAGUGCUGAGGAGGGGGACCUGUGGGCUGAGUCCAGUAUGUUGGGCCUACGUAUCACAUACUUUGCCUGUAUGGAUGGGAAGGUUUAUGACAUUACAGAGUGGGCUGGUUGCCAAAGAAUAGGCAUUUCACCUGACACACACCGUGUGCCGUAUCACAUCUCUUUUGGUUCAAAGAACAACAGCAACUCCACACGACACAGGACGCCCUCAGAGCACCCCACAGGUCCGACCAACCCCGCAGAACUGCAGGACUUCUUCAACCGCAUCUUCAAGGGAGGACCUCCGAACGACAUGGCUGCCAAUGGGGGCUUUUUCCCCUCAGGUCCGCCGCACCAUCAGCCACCUGGUGCUGGAGCGCCCCCGUUCUCCCCUCCCCCAGGCCAGACAAGUUACUACAUGCCAGGGGGUCACCGUCCUGAGUCCAGUGAGACGUGGGCUGAAAGUGGCAAACCCCCGAGAAGGAGGAAGAAGUUCCGCAAACCCUUUCAGAGGUGAAGUCUGUAGACCUCUCAGUGUGUCAACAUAGCAACACAGGGACUCAACAAAUAAUGGCCAUGUUUGUCUCUCGCCUGCCUGUUGGCAUGCCAUGAUCUGAACUGGAGAAGGUUUAUGUGCGUAAGGCUGCGGUCAGAUCAGCCAGAGGAAAGAGAGACUGGAUCAUGAAGACGAGCCUUUUGACUGAGUAUUGAAGGAGGUUUGAAGACCCGGCAAUGAUGGUGCUUUACCUCUCAUUUCACCUUAUUUUUUCAUGGUCUUAAGACGACUGUAGCCUUGGCAUUGAGGUCCUUAUCGGGAUGCUGUAAUAAAACAUUUUCCUUUCAUAAUUUCCUGCCAAAUCUUGCAAUGCAUGAUUUACUCACCUGCAUUAUAACACUUUUUUUUCACUUUUGUUGUCAAUGUUCGGCAUAAGGUUAGUGUUAACCAAAUCACACUUGAAGAAAGGUUUACAGGCCAGUGAUGGAUCGCUCUAAUCAGCAUGAAGCAGAUAAUGAUCUGGGCAGCUUCACUGUGUCAGUGUUACUCAUGUCAGCGACAUGUGGGUCUACAACUGCACCUCCGCCCACCAUAUUUCAAGAAUGAAUCAAAAGCAGCUAAACUCAACACAUCUGAACUAAAUGUGCUAAAAUGGCAGAUGAUUUUUUAUGCAGUAACUGCAUUUUGUUGUGAGCUGGUCUCAGAGCUGCAUGUUGUGAGUCUCUGGUACUGUGCUUACAGACAACACUUCAGUCAUUCAACUUCCUCUGAGGCAACUAACAUUUGUGUUACUUUUCUUAGUUGUUUGUAUGACUAGAAGCAGGCAAAUUGUCUCAUUUACUAACAUGAUGCGUAAUUGAAUACUAACUAAAACUUUCUAGAGGUUUACUUUCAGUGGUUGGAUAUUACAGAACCUCUAGAAUUUAAACAAAUCUAUUCAGUUGAUGCUUGUGUGCUGAUUACCAGAGAAUCACAUCCUGCAUUGUAAGACCACUCAGUAAAAAUGAAUUAGCCUCUCUUUCUUUCUCUGAGAGCUGGAGAGGAGAGGAGGAGGUGAACCUGCAACUUAAAACAGGUUGUAAAAUCUGGGUCUGAAAAGUGAAAAUGAGCUCUUUUGUUUUGGGAUGUAUUGAUUCGACGUGCAAAAAAUCUGCCUUCUGUUUAUUGUUUCAGCUCCGGAUUGGCAUUAUAAUUACAGCACAGGUUGAAAUCCAGUUCACUUUAAUACUGAGCUCCAGCAGAGCUCUCAAAGCUUGAAAAGUGUCACCUUGACAUUUUGAAAUGAUGAUAUUUCCGCUGUUUACGGGACCACACAGAACUGGUCUGCACUGCCCCCUGCUGAUUCACUAUAACACAAAAUGAAAAUGCUGGUCAGUUAGUAAUACAACAGAACAUACAGGAGUUAACUGCCAUUUGAGGCUUAGAUGCAAUUUGAUGUCAUGCUUAUUUACAGAUAAUGAAGGAAGCCUGGCCUGUGUGUAAAUUUACUGUGCUGUCAGAUUGGAUUUUUUCCGUUCAGCAUUAUUUUUUUUAAUCAUUACUGACUUGAUGGCCUUGAAUAAGACUACAGUUGAAAAACGUGUUGCAUUUAGAAUAUACAAUAUGUUAACCUAAUACAGUUAAAUAAAUCUUGCUGUCAUCUAAAUUUUGACAGUUUUCAUAAGGGUUUAACUUCUUCUUAAGUGCCAUCUUAUGCCGCCGUGGAUGUUUCGGGGCAUGUUAAGCUUCAGCGAUCUGUCGUGACUGUCACCCAGCUCAGGACGUGUCAGUAAAGACUCAGAUUUGUCUUCAGCUAUCCUAAUUAUUUUUUAUCCUCGUUCUGUCAUGUCAUCUCUGUGGCGGCUGACAGCUUCUGAUUAAAGAAAUCAAUGAUCUGACUGUAAACUAGAGUUUCCUCCCACCUGUAUGUGGUUCAGCUUUCAAAAUGCCAAGGUCACAUGAUCACAGAAAAUCUGCUAUAAAUCCAAAUAACUUGAUUUUCUUUUAAUCUCCCCAAUGUUGCUGCGUGUAACAGUGUGAGAAUUGGUUUUAUUUUGGCUUAACUGCAUAGAAAAAUUGACAUUUUCAUCAUAGUCAAACUGAUAUUGUUUACAUCUGAUUUGUGAAGACUGUAAGAGUUUAGUGAAAUGGUUGUUAUGUGUGAUAAGGCAUUUGACAAAGGCUAUUUUUUUAUAUUGACAGUUGAUGAAGUACCAUUUUGUGUUCAUUUGCACACCCACCCCGGUAUAACAUCACAGGGAUUUUGAACAGUCAGAGGUGAUUUGCCAGACUCCUCCAGCUGCAGCUGAGUAGGAGGUGUAGCUCGCUAAGCUAACAGCUCAUUUACAAAUUCAGAUUUAUUAUUAUUAUUAUUUUAUUUUUUUUUUUUUUGGUAGAAUUUGAAUGUUAAACGAGUGACAGAUUUUUGGAAAACAACACUGGGAGUCACACAGCCAUAAAACUCUGAAGCAGCCCAGAGUUUGUAAUGAUUCAUGUGAGCUUGUCUUAAUAGCUCAAAAACAUGAGCCUUGAGUUCACCGAGGCAGGACGUUAAGUUUACCGCAUUUCUUUCAUGUGUCAAAUAGUUUCUCUCUUGUACAUUUAACAUCAGUUUCCCAGACAUGGAGUGAGUUUUUCUCAAUUAAAAUGGCCCUUCCUUUUAAUAUGAAACCAACCCAAAAUCUAAAAAAACAAAAAGACCCUGAUUUAGCUUAUUCUGGUAAAGGAAAGGAGGUUACAGCUAAUCAGGCAGACUUAAAGUCAAAUUGUUCCUGUGUGAUAAACAGACAGCAACAAAAGUGAUUAAAUUUUGCUCAUAAGUUUGUUACAGCGUGCAAUAAUCAAUCUUCCAUAUUUGUUUACCAUCCUCAUUUUCACGAUAUACUGCCAAAUACUUAACUCAGUCCCUGUCUCGGAAACUGGCUCAGAUCACAGCUGUAACCACGUUAAGCAGAGUGCGUCCUUUUCCCACACGUCAGCCUUGUCUUGAGAAUGUACAGUGCUGUAUGCUAAAGGUAGCAGCUCGAAGUCCAAGAGGUCAAUGAAAGAGCCAACACAUUUUUCUUUCGUUUGUUUCUUUCUUUUCAAAUUUUUAACAGAAUAUGCAGAAGUAUUGCAAAAAAUUUCUGACAAUCAUCAGGGUUUGUUUUUUUUUGUUGUUGUUUUGUUUUUGUUUUUUUUUUGUGGGGAAUUGUAACGCGAGUUCCCUGGCUGGCAAACAGUUUUAAAAUAUCACUGUUGGGUUUCUUUUCCCCUGCUUUCUCUGGUUUUGAGAAUAAAGAUGAUUUCCUACAUGCA